AUGCAAAUCACUUCACUGGCCUUCCUUGUCCUGGCCUCGCUAUCCCUGGUCAGAGCAAGCGCCAAGGCACCUUCGGCGUUGGGAAAGACGGGCGGCGCAAGGCCGGUCUAUGUUACCGAGGAAAAGUGCGUCACCCAACUGGGAACAAAAAAGGUUCGCGCCGUUCCCACGCAGACGCACGCAGCUACUUUCACCCUCCAAUAUCCCAUCUUUGUAAAGUCAACGGCCACGAGCACAGUGACACCGGUGCCAGUCACUUCGACAGUCACGUCCACUUCCACCGCCACGUCCAUCAGCACAGAUUCGACAGUGACAGACACCUUGACCGUGACAUCCACUCCUUCUGCUACAACCACGUCUACAGAGACAGACACGGAAACGGACACGGCAACGACGACUACCACGACAUUUACCACCAGCCUGGGUGGCACCACAACUAUUCCCGCGGGUGCUGGCUUCACACCCGUUUCCCAACAGAUUUCAGGACUGGGAGACACGUACAGUCGGCGCAGCCAUGCUGAAGAAGGACUGGAAGCCCACGCGGGAAGUCUGCUGGUGCGCACUGUGAGGCGGGCAGCCAGUACGCUGCACAAGAUUGCCAAGGAUAUCGCCCAAGACGAUUACCGUGCCAGCCAGAAAAACGGCCACAGUCACCCAGACACCUUCAACCUCGACCACGACGUCUACCGUCACCACUACUUCCGUUUCUACCAGACACAAACGCAGACUCUUCAGAUACCCACCUCAACCGCGUACGCUGCCUGUCAGGCAAACAAUAUCGUCUCACGCAUCAACGGUGAAAGCAUGAACGACUUUUCCUUCGCGGGGGACCUGGGCGAUGUCUCUGCCACGUCAGCCCUCGACUGCUGCCAACAAUGCCAAGCGUUGGCCUUGGCCGAUCCAACAGCCUGCCGUGCCUUCUUCUACUACAACAAUGAUGGAGGUGUUCCAUUCUGCUUUAUAUUUGUCGACACCUUAGACCAGCCCCAAUAUGUACUCUAUCUCGCUGCAGAUUCCGCCGUAGACUAUAUCGUUGGCAACGGUCCGGGCGGGCAAGUGGUCCAAAUCAGCUGA